GGUCCAACCCACUACCACCGGCCCAAGUUUGGUACGUAGGCCCAAGACGAAACGUCAGCGUCUCAGCGAGGUGCCCUUAGGUCGGGAGUUCACCAGCGCCGCUGCCGCCGCCGCUUCCCUCCGCCUGGAGCGCCGCUCCCAACGACGGCGACGACGGAUCGCCGGCGGGUCUCUCAUUUCAUCUCCUCCCAUCUUCCGACGCCGCCGUCGGUCGUCUGCUGGUGGCACGCGGGUUCUGUUCCGCUCGCUACUGACCGGUUAAUCUGUUGUCAGACCACACAAAGGAGAGAGGCACUGCAGUACCAAUGGGCAUGAAGUUCAGAGUUGUUUGCAGGAAGUUGUAUGAUUACGUCAGAUAUGAUCUCAAGGAGAUUGCUUUUCCUUCAUCCUUGCCAGAUCCUCCACACAUCAAGAAGCGGCCAAAGCUCACCUUGAAAGACAAGUGGUGUAUUCUGAAGGAGGCAACCAGGCUGUACGGGGCUUCUUGGGUCAGAGACAUUGGCCCUGAUCUCAGACCGAAUGACUACAAGAAGGUCAAAGAGGAACCCGACAUCAAGACUGAGGAGGGAAGCAGCGAGCCUACCACGGUUGAGGACCUUCUCGGCGCAUUAAAGGGUGGAGCAGAGAAAGCCAAGCCUGCGUUACAGCGGAUGUACAUGGCUCGCGCCUCAAACUACACAGAUGCACUGAAGAACUAUGUCGAGUCCUACAAAGAAGGUCUGAAAGAGCACUUGGAGGAAGAAGCUAUGGGUAAAGGACAUCGGCAAGGCAAUGACGCAACAAAGCCACCACAGUCACCGUCAUCAUGAUUUUGUCUGAACAUCUUAGGUGUGAUACCACAUAGAAGUUUCAGCAUAUCUUGUGUAUGUAAUCAACCUGAGUUGAUACAUUGCCUUCUAUUGUAGUAAGAGGGCUCUCUAGGCUGUAGACUGAAAAACGGCAAAUGGACAAAUGGUGCCUUUGUCUUUGCCAAAAAGAAAGGAAGAAGAGAGUUCUUCAUCAUUUGGUUGUCUGAUAUUUUUUGCCUGCUGAAUUUGGUGAUGUGUAGUGUAAAUAUGGGCUAUGGGCUAAGUAUGUUUCUAUGGAGAUUUUUAUUUUUCCUGUUUCAAUUGUUGUUAUUGGUUGCUA